AUGAACGUCAUAAAUGAACGGGACCUGGCUGAGCAGGUUUACCUCCUGCGUUUCUGUCUGACCAACAGCCAUCUGCACACCAUCCAUCCCCGCGCCUUCCAUGUUGCUCCUCAGCUCAAGAGCGUCAAGCUGUCGUCCAACGACCUCUCUGCCCUUCCUGCUCAAGUGUUCAGCUCUCUCGUCUCCGUCGAGGAGAUUUUUCUCGAUGGGAACCAGCUGGAGUAUCUCGCUCCAGAUAUGUUCAAAGGACUUGAUGCGUUGCUUAUUCUGGAUCUGAACCACAACCAAAUCUCCAGUUUGUCCUUUGACAUUUUUGAUGGCCUGACCAAUCUCACCUACCUGAACCUCAGCAGGAACAAAAUCAAGAAGCUCCCACCCACGAUCUUUCACUCCCUGAGCAAACUUCGCUUACUCAGGUUGUAUCGCAACGAAAUAGAGUUGUUGGAAGCAGGGAUCUUUGACAAACUGGUCAGCCUCGAAGAGCUGAGUCUCUUUCUGAACAAGAUUACACACCUCCCACCUCAGGUGUUCUGGUCACUUAGGAACCUGAUGUCCCUUACUCUCUCCUCCAACAAGCUCCGUGAAGUCCCACCUCGAACCUUCUACAACAUGCCUAACCUUAUCAAGCUCACCAUUUACAAAAACCCCCUGAUGUCUCUGCCCGAUGAGCUGAUGGGCCACAUGCCUCACAUGCAAGAGUUUUAUCUGUACUCCACCAACCUCGUCACUAUUCCUGGAAAUUUGUUCGCAAACAUGUCUGGCCUGCUGCAGCUGAACUUGCAUCUGAACGAGCAUUUGAGGCAGCUGCCGUCAGGUCUUUUCUGCUGCCUUCCCAAACUUCAAAAGCUCUCGCUGAGGAACAACAACCUCGAUCAUCUUCAUCCUCAGCUUUUUUCCAGACUAACCACUCUGGGCACGCUGCUCCUCAACGGCAACAACCUGACGACCCUAGCCGAAGACAUCUUCCAGAACCUUACAGGACUCGAGACCCUUGAUGUGAAAAAUAACCACCUCAAGACACUCCCAGGAGACAUCUUCUUGUCAAACACAGCUCUGAAACAUCUCAACAUGAGUGGAAACCUCUGGGACUGUUCUUGCGCCAUCAGAGAUAUCGUGAGCUGGAUGAAGCAGAACGAGCGUGUUCUUUAUGACAACAAGGAUGUGAUUUGUUUCCGUCCUUUCUAUCAGAUGCUGCGCAAACUCACCUCUCUGCGAGACGAGGACUUUGACCACUGCUUUAAAAAAAGUACCACGACUUUUCGUUCCACACCAGUUAUCGAACAAACACAACCCUUGCGUAUCACGUCGGUCACCCCACCGGCGACAUCAACCACCUUAGAGACCACAACCUACUCAGCCACCGCUCCACCUAAGAAAGCGUUCACGGCCUCACCUGUUUUUCAUGAUGUACUGGUGGUCCAGCAGGGUCCUGAGUAUGUUCAUCACAACCAUCACAACGGCUGGGUGACAACAAUGGAUCUGUCAGUGAUCUGCCAGGUGCUUCUAAUUCUCUGCUCCCUUGGUGCUGUUGUCUGGGCGUGUCCAAAUGGAUGCAAAUGUGUACAGACAAAUGUCCACUGCACCAGUCUUACUGAUUUCCCAACAGCUGUGCCUUCAGCUACCACCCACUUCUACUUGUCUGAAUGCAGUUUUGACGCUCUGAAACCAGAGGACCUCAACGAUUUCUCUGAUGCUUUGAGAAACUUGCUGAUUAAAGAUACUCUUUUGAAGGAAGUGCACCCUGGAACAUUCAAUUCUACUCUAAACAUAAACAUGCUAGUGCUAACUGGCACAGAAGUACAAGAUCUCCCUGAACAUUUGUUUCAUAGGUUGCAGAAAUUGGAGAGUUUGGUUCUGAAGAUGAACAAGCUCUCCGUGAUCCGAUCUCAGUGGUUUAUCCAGGUGACAGAACUGAAGAACCUUGACCUCAGUAAGAACAUUAUAACUUCUAUACCUGAGGAGACGUUUCACCCUCUAACAAAGCUGCAGUACCUGUCACUUUCCAGAAACAGUAUCAAUCAACUAUUAAGUGAGACAUUCAAGGGUCUUUUUGAGCUGCAAACUUUACGGCUUAACAAAAACCUGCUGAAGGAUCUUCCUGCUGGGAGUUUCAACGACCUUGUAAAUCUGGAGGAACUCUCUCUACAAGACAAUCUAAUCACUCAUCUUCAACAUGACUUGUUCUCCAAGAAUCGGAAGCUCCAGAAGCUGUUUCUCUCCAACAACAGGCUGACUUCACUUCCAGAAGGGAUUUUUUUCAGUAUGCCCCUUCUUUCUCAGAUAUCCCUGUAUGAAAACCACUUGGAAAGUCUGGGUCCAGGGAUCUUUGGGCCAAUGCCCUUGCAAGAGUUGUGGUUGUAUGACAACAGACUGAGCCGACUGGAAGAUGACACGUUCAUGAACCUAACCCAAUUACAUCUCCUGGUGCUCAGUCGCAACCAAAUCAAGUAUAUAUCUAAAGGUGCUUUCAGAGGGUUGAACCAUCUUGGAGAAGUAUCACUGCACACCAACCGUCUCACAACGCUGCAAGCUGGGACUUUCAAAGAUUUGCCGAAUCUUGUCAACAUUUCUUUGGAGCAUAACUUUAUCAGCUCACUUCCUUUGGGUUUUCUCAAAGGCCUGCAUCACCUUGAGCAGAUAGAACUACAAAAUAAUUCUCUCCCUAACCUACCACAGGAGAGUCUAGAUGCACUCUUUGUUGCGCAAGAAAUUAUUCUGCAUCAGAACCCCUGGAGAUGUGACAAGGACAUUUUACCUCUAAGGGACUGGCUGAAACGACACCCAUCAAAGGUCAACCAAACCCUUGUGUUGUGUGAAACUCCUGUUAGUCUGAACGGUGAAAUGAUUGCUACGCUAUCAGACAAGGACCUGAUGCUAUUCAACUCUACUAAAGAGCCUGUGUUGACCUCAUCUGUGAAGAGAAGGAUACCCAGUACAUUUUCACCCAAACAAAGCACUUCGCCAUCUGAUGUGAAUGCCACACCAACCUCAGAGAUUGAGCUGGUGACCAGCAGUGGGAAAGCAGAUGGUGGACUACUUAAUAAUACUCCAAUUAUUCUAAUCGCCAUUGCAGUGGUGGCUACUGUUGUAAUCAGCUCUAUCAUCGGCUGUGUGUGCUGGAGAAGAAACAAGAGAGGGAAGGCUAAUAUUGCUCACAAGAAUAAGAACGCUGUGCUGAUGACGAAUGAGACCAGGCAUGUUUUUGUUUCCCCUGAGGCUUCAUCCAAGAAAAAGAUGUCAUCCAUAGAGAUCAUCAUUCUCUUUCUGUCUAUGCUGCUUGACUUCUCAUUGGCUCAGACUGAAAAAAUAAAAGAGAACCAGGAGGUUUUUAGCAAAUCUGCAACAGAAAUCCCACGCUCUCUGAGACCUGGCGUGACAGAAGUGUUUUUUGUGGACAGCCAGAUUCAAACAAUACCCAAAGGAGCCUUUACUGAAAACCCACAGCUCGAGAAGGUGGAGUUCAUGGGCACAAACACCACAUCCAUUCAAGUGGGAGCUUUCGAAGGUUUGGUAAACCUCAAGAGAAUUGAGAUCUCCAACAAUCCAUUAGCGUCCGUUACAGUGGGAACCUUUAAGGACGUCAUGAAUCUGGAGACUCUUAUUCUGAAAUUCAACAAGCUUCAAAGCAUUCAGAAAGGUUUGUUUGAAAGUCUUAGCAACUUAGAAGAUCUACAGUUACAUGGAAAUGAGAUUGAACUUAUUGAAGAUCACACAUUUGAUGAUCUUGUCAACCUUCAAAAGCUUAACCUGGGCAAAAACAAUCUUACGGCCGUAUCGGCAAACUGGUUCUCCAAUCUGAGAAAACUGAAGACAUUUCGACUUUAUGAAAAUGAACUGAGCACCGUUCCUGAAGAUCUGUUUGAAAAAUUACCAAACCUAGAGGAAAUCGUUUUACAAGGAAACAAAAUACACGAAUUGCCACCUAAUCUGUUUCCACAUAAAGACAAAGUGAGCAAACUGUUUUUGGAAAAUAACUUUCUGACUAGUUUACCAGAUAAAUACUUUACUGACUUCACAAAGCUUAAAAUACUGACCUUAAAAAACAACCAAUUGACAAGUCUGCCACCGGUCCUUUUUGGAGAAAUGUUAAAACUGACGGAGCUUAGCCUUCAACAAAACAAUCUCAGCGCUCUUCCUAAAGGAAUAUUCAGUCCGCUGAAGAAACUCAAGAAGCUAGAUCUCUCUAAAAAUCACUUUGUGACCUUGUCGACGGAUUACUUUGAUGGCCUGGAGAAGAUCACAGAGUUAAAUCUACAGAACAACAAACUACAGACACUGGAUGCACACAUGUUUGAAAACCUACAGUCAGUCAGCACACUCAAGCUCGCCUACAACAAUAUUGAGAGACUUGCUGCAGAUGUUUUUGAGCCUUUAGAUAAACUUAGAAAACUUGACCUGAGUUACAACCCCUGGAACUGCGACUGUAAGCUGAAGGAUUUUUAUCAGUGGAUGACGUUGAACACUGACAAGCUCUCAUCUGAGGUGACCUGUGAGUAUCCAGAACAUCUGAAAGGAACUGAAAUCAUAUCUUUAACAGAUGACCAGUUAAUCUGCCCCACCCUUCCGCCCACAACCACAACACCAACAACCACCACCAGCACCACACUUCCUCCUACAACACCAACCACCACACAACUAAUCACCACCAUCCCUACAACCACCACAGCAGCAACUACUUUACCCACAACUGCAUCCACCACCACAACCCAAACAACCACACCCACAACUACGAGCACUAUGACAACACUCCCUUCCACAACCACAACUAUGAGCACAACUACGAGCACGACACCCAUUAUGACAACCAUUCCAACUUUACUCACAACCACCACUCCCAGGACAACCCGACCUCCACCCCGUUCUUCCUACAUUCAUCUGAUUUGUGCAAAAGUUCAGGCGUGCAAACUCUGGAUGAUGGUCUACAUUGCACUGCUCGUGGUGCAGAUCUCUUGCACGCUGGUGUUGGCUAAGUUCACUGUUUCUCUUUACCGUCUGCUGCAACGCAGAGACAAAAUCAAUCGGAUCAAACUCACCCACUUCUCCUACAGAAGAGAAGUUAUCCUGAGGCCCGUGCAGAAUGAUGAUAAAUGA